AUGCCGAUUGCUCUCUCGCCACCAACCCGGCCACAGAACGGCCUCACUAAAUUCACCAACUGCCGUCUUUUGAGAGGCGACAAGCUGGUUGAUGAGGAUCUUUGGGUCAGCUCUGUCUCGGGAAAGGUUAUUCACAGCCAAGCAUCUUUCUACGAUGAGCUGGUGCUACCCGACAAGACAAUCAACCUGGGUGGUCGCAUUGUUGCGCCAGGCAUGAUUGAGUGCCAGCUCAACGGUGCCUUUGGCUUCAACUUUUCCACCUUGCUGGAUGACAUGAGCCAGUAUGGCAAAAAGGUCAAAGAAGUCAACCGCUUGCUGGUACAGACGGGUGUGACGUCGUACCUCCCCACAAUCACGAGUCAGCGCCCGGAGCUUUACCAAAAGGCAUUACCGCAUCUGGGGCCGUCAGGACGCAACCGCGUGGCUGAGGACGGAGCUGAAUCGCUGGGUGCGCACUGCGAGGGCCCCUUUCUCAGCCCCUCCAAGAAUGGCGUCCACAAUGUAGACGUGAUGAGGGAGGCGCACACCUUUGCCGACCUGGAAGAAUGCUACGGGGCGGAGAACCUCAACGCCAGCGGUGAGGACGGUGUGAUACCUGUCAAAAUGGUCACGGCCGCACCUGAGAGAGGCCAGAUGAUGAGCCUCAUCCCCGAGCUCAGGUCAAAGGGCAUCAUCUACUCCAUCGGCCAUUCAGAAGCUACCUAUGAGGACGCCUCGGCCGCUGUGGGCAAGGGCGCUACCAUGAUCACACACCUGUUCAAUGCCAUGCGGCCACUUCACCACCGCAACCCUGGAAUCUUUGGUGUGUUGGGCAUUGCCGAGAGCCAGGAGAGGCCCUUUUUUGGCAUCAUCUCGGACGGCAUCCACCUGCACCCGACCACAAUCAAAAUCGCUUUCAAUGCCCAUCCCGAUGGCUUCAUUCUGGUCACAGAUGCAAUGCAUCUCGUUGGCCUGCCUGACGGGGCGUAUCCGUGGACCAACGGCGAGAAAAUGUGCAACAUCGUAAAGAAGGGAUCCACGCUGAUGCUAGAGAACUCUGACACCAUCGCAGGAAGCUCCAUCACUCUGAUUGAAUGUGUGAAUAACUUCCUGCGCUGGACCGGCUCGAGUAUCCCGUUGGCUCUGAAGGCGGUGACCUCGACGCCAGCGGCCAUGCUGGGGCUCGAGGGCGUCAAGGGGUCUCUUGAGCCUGGUGCCGACGCAGAUCUUGUCAUAUUCUCCGAAGAGAGUGUUGAUGGCUCCAGCCAGCUCGCAGUCGACGAAGUGUGGAAGUUUGGGACCCGCAUCAUGACAUGA